AUGUUGCUUUCAUGUAUCGUUUUCAUCGCUGUCGCAAGCCAACCGUUAUUUGCUAUUGACUUGAACAUCUAUAAAACUGUAACAGAGGUUCGACAAAGUCAAAGUGGUACUGGUUCACACCAAUAUUAUUUUACAAGUGAUGAAUAUGCAAAUAUAAUUGAUGGUUCAGUUAGUUGGGAUGGCACACCGUUUGUUAAACAAGAAACACUUAAUACUAUUAAUGCACUCAACGAUGUGAUAGUUACUGUUCGACCAUCAUAUAGCUGCACAUGUGAAAGUAUACAAGCAAAAAUUGUCGAUCCGAACACCAUGUUACUGAAAAAUUUGGCUACAAACGGUUAUUUUUAUGCGGAUAGUCGUUCAAUUGAAUAUGUAUCGGUAAAACCUGAUGAUGGUGGUACUACUGUAAGAUUUGAAUUUAAAGAUAAUAGUACAAAUUUCAACGGAACAUUAUCCUAUCUAUUGAGAAGUAUAACAUGGUUACCAAAUUAUGAUUUAUUUAUUGAAGAUGACAAUCCAUGUAGUCUUCGAGCGUAUGCUAAUAUACGUAAUCAUCAGCAACAAGAAUAUCAAAUUGAUAAUACUUAUUUUUAUAGUGGUGAUAUUGAGCUAGUGAAUAGUUAUUCAUUAAAUUCACCUAAUCUACCAAUGUUAAGAGUAGCUGCAGCUCCACUAGCUAUGGUCAAUCAAUCAUCUAUUCAAGCUGAUGGUGAACAAAAGGGGUUUUAUUUUUAUUCAUUAAAAGAUAGUUAUACUUUACAUCCAAAAAGUUCUAUCCGUUUACCAUUUAUUACUGUCAAUCUAAAAUGUAAAUUUUACUAUACAGCAACAACAAGCGUCAGCAUUGGAGAAUAUAUUGGUGCAUUUCAACGACACUACGACAUAACGUCGGAUAAAUUUUUACCAGCUGGAACUUUAACCAUUCGAGAUAAUGAAGUAUUUAUUGGUCAAUCAAGUUUACCUGAUGUUCCAGCAGAUUAUACACAAAAAAUUACUCAGGGUGAAGAUAAUGAUGUUCAAUAUGUAAUCAAGGGAGCUGUAACAGCAUCAAAUAGAACUGCAACAACAAUUACUUGGCAAACAUACGAACUUCGUGUGAAAAUAUCAAAUUAUAAAAACAGAGAUGUCAGUGGUCAACUUGAUUUUUAUGGAGCUUCUCAAACAAUUAUUGAGAAAACAACAUGUAAUUCAACUAGUAUUGAUGGAAAUUUGAUUAAUUUAUCAUUUCAAGUUAAAAAGAACUCUAAUUAUCAAUGUCGUAUUACAGCUACUCUUACAUGGGAAUAA